CACGUUGCAACUUGGACGACAAACGUGUCCGCAUUCUUCUUAUGCCUUUGAUACUGACUUGAACAACUAGAAUACAUGUUCGACAUAUUACCACUUACUCUGCGAUUUCUCAUUGGAUCUUUUCUCUGGAUAAAGGAACCGUCAGUUGCCACCUCACCUCCCCUGACCUUCCAGCUGCGCCAUGAACACGCCCUAUCUAAUUCAUCCCUUAUCAUAUUCUCUGAUAUAGCGCCCUCCUUUGCGCCAGAGGUGUAUGGGGUCAACACAGCAAGUGUACGUGCCCAUAAACCGGUGUCGGCAGCUGCGUUUCAUUCCGCACGUUUUCGCUCCAUGAGGUAUGCCCAGAGCGAGCCCUUUCUGUGGGAAGAUAUUGAAGUGCAAGGACCGAAUGUCGAAGAUCGUCAGGUAUUGCUGACUCUGGCGAAGAUGACCAGUAAUGCGUACGUCGAGAGCACGGACAAAGAGUGGUAUGCCCAGGAUGGCUGGAAUAAAUCCUUGCCAUUUGGAUAUGAACCAGAUGCUGAUGGAUUUCGUGGACACGUUUUUGUGUCUGACGAUAACUCUACCGCUAUCAUCUCCAUCAAGGGUACAUCGGCAGGAUGGAUGAUAGGCGGCGGUGGGCCGACUGUGGUCAAGGAUAAACUCAACGAUAACAUGCUUUUCUCGUGCUGUUGCGCGCGCGUCGGACCAACCUGGUAUACUGUAUGCGAUUGCUUUUCUGGUGGAUACAAGUGCGACCAGACUUGCGUUGAGCAAGCAUUAACCGAAGAGAGUCUCUUCUAUUCCAUAGGCACUAACCUCUACAAUAAUGUAACGUACAUGUAUCCAGAUGCCAACAUAUGGAUCAUUGGUCACUCCCUGGGCGGCUCGCUUGCGUCACUUCUUGGAGUCACAUUCGGCGCACCAGUCGUUGCGUUUGAAGCACCAGGUGAAAAACUUGCUGCAUCACGACUGCAUCUGCCUACACCACCCUCCACUCAACACAUCACUCAUAUCUAUCACACGGCAGACCCACUAGCUAUGGGUACGUGCAACGGCGUCACCUCCAUAUGUGCGAUUGGCGGCUAUGCGAUGGAGUCACGAUGUCAUUUGGGCAAAGUGGCACGGUAUGAUACUGUCACGAAGCUAGGCUGGUCUGUGGACAUCCGGACGCACGGCAUCAAGGUUGUCAUCGAACGGCUUCUUUCGGAAGACUGGGAGCCUACAGGAGACGAUAAAUCGAACGGAAAGUCAGGUCAGAAUAGAACAGUUCCUCUUCUAGAGGAAGAGAAGGACUGUGUGGACUGUUUCAAUUGGGAAUAUGGAAAUUAUAACAAGACGAAGUAGAGAGAAGGAUAGAUUAUUACUAGGGGAUUAAUUUUGUGAUUUUCGUUGUAACUACUCGUUCUUGCCAAUCAAUGCUGUAUAGCUUUCAUUACAU